UACGCGAACGCUCUCGUUUUGUCCUUGUGCCGGCAUCUCCGUACGUAUCAACGAGUUGCACACACGUACCUACGGAACAAACUUGAGCAUGGAGGUCAAUAAGUUUAAUCACAAUCGCCCGCAGACAAGGCAGAAAAAGCGAGGUUUGGAGGAUUUGGCCGAAAAUGCAGGUACACAGGCUGAAGCAGCACCCACCUUCCAUGCAGUAUUGGCUAAAUCUAAAGCUGAAGUGGAAUUGUGGAAGCUGAAGGCACACAACCUGCAGGAGAAAGUGCAAGACCUUACAAAUGAGAGAGAUUUUCUGAGAGCUCAGCUGGCAGGCACAAAGAACACGGAGAGUUCGUUUUUAACUGACUCAAAGAAAGAAUCAACCGUCAAGGAGUCAGAGUCAUCAUCUGACUCAGACUCGUCAGAUUCCUCCGAAUCCUCCAAUUCGGAUUCUUCCUCUGAAGACAGAAAGAAAAAAAAGAAGUAUUCCAAGAAAGGGAGGAAAGAAAAGAAGAGAAAGAAGAAAUCUAUGAAGGGAAAAGAUGCUGGGUCAAGCCGACAAAGGGAGUUGGCCAUUGCGGCACCUAACAAGUACAGCACCCUCCUGGAAGCUCAUGGCAAAGACAAACUUGCAGUGUUUGCGAAUAGGUGCAAGAAAGCUGUAGAUGAGGAUGCAGAAAUUUUGGCUGCUGUCAAGAACAUGAAGACAGAUAGGAAGCUGUUACCUAACAAAACAAACAAUUAG